UGCAAUAACACUGACCAAUCAGAGCAGACUGGGCUUCUUAAGGAGAACAUGUCCCUGCCCUUUGUGGUGGUGUUGCCCCUGCUGAUUGUCGUGGCGGCAGGGGUGUACUACAUCUACAAUGAGGUCAUACACUUCAUGUCCAAGUCCUUAGUGCGAAACAAAGUGGUGGUGAUCACUGAUGCUGUGUCUGGCGUGGGAACUGAGUGUGCCCAUCUCUUCCAUAAGGGCGGUGCCAGACUGAUUCUGUGUGGGACAAGCUGGGAUAAACUGGAAAGUCUUUAUGACUCUCUGACUAAUGAUGCUGACCCCAGAGAGACAUUUGCCCCAAAGCUGGUGAUCCUGGACUUCAGCGAUAUGGACAGCAUGGAGGACGUGGUUGGUGAGGUGGUGGAGUGUUACGGGUGUGUGGAUGUGUUGAUCUGUAACAGCAGCAUGAAGCUGAAGGCCCCGGUGCAAAGUGUCACCCUCGAACUGGACAGAAACAUCAUGGACAUUAACUACUUCGGCCCCAGUACUCUGGCCAAAGGUGUUCUUCCAACAAUGAUGUCAAGAAGAUCAGGGCACAUUGUGUUGGUCAACAGCAUCCAGGGAAGACUUGCUGUCCCAUUCAGAAGUUCAUAUGCUGCAUCUAAGCAUGCGACGCAGGCCUUCUUUGACUGCCUGCGGGCUGAAGUGGAGGAAUAUGGGAUAGUCGUCAGCACCAUCAGUCAUACUUUUAUUAACGCCGCCGACCCGCCACCUGUGGAGGAGCCCGAUCCUAAACCAAACGCCCUGGCUGCAUUUAUCGCCAGCCAGUUGACCCAUGGUGUGCGCCCAUCAGUGCUGGCCAAUGAGAUUGUGCAAACGGUGAACAGGAAGAGGAAGGAGGUUGUGUUGGCCCACCCCAUCCCCAGGGUGGCCCUCUUCCUCCGCUCCCUCUUCCCCCCCGCCCUCUUUGCUGUGCUGGCUGCUGGAGUGAAGGACUCAGUCCUGGCUGAGCAGAUGUAAAAGGAAAAAAAUGUGAAAUGGAAUGGAGAGAUGUGAAAUAAAGCAAGAAUUGUUUAGAAAUGGUAAUAAUAUGUGCUCUGGAUUAUCAACUGGGCAAAGCGGGCAACUGCCCCAGGACCUUCAGGUUUAUCAUAAGGCAAUUAGUUUAUGUGAGAGUUUAGUUUAAGUUGUUUUUUUCCGGAAAAUCCAUGUAUUUCAUAAUAAUUGUGGUCUUACACAUUUUCACUUUGUAAUGCCUUCUCUAUGUAGUUUUUAUUGUCAGUGAUUGAGUCUGCCAUUCCCAUUACUGUAUUUAAGUUGCCUUCACUAGCGAAACAAUCUAUGCAUGUAGUCUAGUGCUUCACUGUUUACUGUUCGCCCCUCCUACCGCUGUAUCAGGUC